AUGAUCUCUCGGAAUCUCGUCACUGCCUCAUUUUUCGCCGCAGCUCUUAUCACUGUAAGCCUUGCGAUCACUUGCUACGAUUGUCAUUCCGAUCAAGGCACGUGCAAUGAUGGCGAAUGCGAAGGAACUGUGUGUAUCAAGAUGGAGACAUCGAGUAAAGACAACGACCGUCGCACGAUCCACAAGACAUGCGGGGAUGACAUCGAGGAAAUGUCGUGCCAACAAUCGUCAUUCGGCAGUAAAUGGAUGAGCAGAUGUGUGUGCGACACCGCGUUUUGCAACGGUGAUCAGGCACUCAUCGAUGCCGGCCUCGAGCCAUCAUCGGCGGCUCCACCAGCCAGCCAUUACACCCAAUUUGCUCUACUCGUCGCAAUUAUCGUUUUUGUCGGCGCGAGUUGUUCGCUGAUUCUCAUCGCGACCAUUUGCGUUCAAUUUUGCUGA